AUGGAUGCCAUACAAUCACAGCUCGCAGUAAGGAAUAGGUGCGAGCAGGCUCAAAAAACCAUCAAAGAGUUGUACGAAUGGGAGGAUCAAGUGAAGCGUACAGCCUCUAAAGCACAGUUUACGGAUAACAAUGAGCACAAAACAAUACCACCCGUCAGAAGUGAUGUGAAAGCAAUGAAUAAAUUUUCUGAGCAAAAGACUACCAAUGCAGAAAAGCAAGAUCCUACCGAGCCUGAAACUGUGGACAAGAAAAGACUAGCUGACGCUGAGACGUUGAAAGAGAGAGGAAAUAAACAAUGCAAACUAGGCAAUUACCACGAAGCAAUCGAGUUAUAUAGCCAAGCCAUUGAGACAUACGGCGAUAAUGCAGUGUACUACAGCAACCGCGCAUUGUGCUACAUGAACCUGGAGUUUUUCGAUGAUUGUCUUGCAGAUUGUAACCUUGCCAUUGCCAAGGAUCCUGAGUACAUCAAGGCAUACUAUCGACGGAUGCAGGCGUACGAACGUUUGGGAGAGAACGAAAAAGCCGCCAUCGAAUGCCGUCAAAUUCUGCAGCUAUCGAAGGAUGAAAAUGAUCGCAACACGGCGAAACGCGAUUUGGCAAGAAUAGAGAAACGACUCAAGGACCAAAAGCCAUCAGCUGCAGCCAAACCUGUUCCCGUAGAGGUGAAUGACACGCUCGCGAUGGUUAAAGCAGAAGCUGACAAAUACAAAGAACUCGGCAAUAAGCAUCUGGCUCGGAAGGACUAUGAAAAAGCCGAGCGAUCCUAUUCAAAAGCAAUUGCACUGUUCGCCGAUGAAGCUAUCUAUUAUAACAACCGCAGCCUGUGCUAUUGGAAUCUGAAGGAUUACGACAAAUGUCUGGCCGAUUGCAAUAAAGCGAUUCAGCUGGACGAAAACUAUUUUCGGCCGUACUACCGUCGGAUGCAGGUGCGAGAACUUCUCGGUGCUUACCAGGGUGCGGUGGAAGACUGUAGAAAGUUUCUCGAACUCACUAAAGAUGACAAGCAGAAAGCAACUGCCGAGAAGGAUCUCCUGCGCUUAGAGAAGCUGGUCAGAAAUGAGCAACCGGCUAAGCAAGCAUUUGUGUGGAGCGAAAUAAAGAAAAAUGCCAAACUGAUCCAUCCGAUCCAGAAGCCGCCACAUCUCCGCUCUAAAAAGCCCCUCAAACAGGUGUUCAUUAAGGAGGCAGGAUCCUGCCCUUUCAUAUUGGAUCCCAGUGCUGUUACACCUCCAGGACAGCGUAAAGUCAUCCACGAUGCGAUCAUUGACAAGAUAUUCAAUAAUAACACUGGUGAACGUUUGAUAGAACCAGAGGAAAAAACCAAUCUUGAGCAUUUGUUCCCAUCACACUCGAAGCUACGCAACAUGUUCUCUCCUCCGACGACGCCAACAGAACAGCGAAAACUAGUCCCAGCCAAAUCUGCCGCGACUUCAGCAGUGGUUCCAAACAAAACAGCGAACACCACGGGGCCAAAUACUAGAAUAACAGCUGAGCAGAAACCGCAAAAUAAAGUAGAAAAGAAUAAAAUAAACCUAGGAAGCCAGGAUGCGACCGAAAAAGCUCCACAAAAAGCGCCCUUGCCUGACACGCAAUUACCACGACAACUGCCAACAAUUCCAGCAAUACCCAAGACCAGUUCUCAGUUUUACACCACCUGGAGUGAACUGAACGAGGAUGCAAGAUAUCAGUGCCUUAAGCUACUCAGAAGUGCGCCCUUGAACAAGCUAUUUGGUGCCAGCUUGUCAAACAAAAUGCUCAGUGAGCUGUUGCAAAUUCUCCAAAAACGAUUCAUACCCGAUCGGGAAGAGGUGACGUAUAUUUUGCAGGAAAUAAUACGAAAUGAUUCGACAGCGAUACUUUCGAUGAUGAUGAACAAAACAGAUCGUGAUGCAAUCACGGAGUUGCUCAAGUACAUGAAAGCAAGUAACGCUAAACCAGAAGACGUGGAGGCAAUUCGUCAGAAGCUGCUGAACUGAAUAUUCUCACAGCAACGGUGUAUGUAUGCUUGCAAUAGAUUAUUAAUGGUUUUGUGGUGCGAAACAAUAUGAUAAAUACGGUAUCCAUUUCUCUCCAUACAUGGUUCAAAAUAUCAAAUAUUUAAAAUAAUGUUAUGCUACUAGGGUAUUCUUAAUUGUACAUCUCGAAGAGAAAGAACGAAUGAAAAUAAAAUCUAUGA